AUGAGAACUACAACUGUUGUUGCUCUUGUAUUGGCAAUUACUGUCCAAUCGGCUCAUUCUUAUCUGGGGCUGAAUUUGGGACUAAGUGCAGAAAAGUCGCUUGAUAUUGGUGGAUUUCUUGGAGGCAUCUUAGGAAAAGUUAAAGUUGACAAAUCAUUAAAGGUUAAUGCUGGUCACGGAAAUGGAAUCAGCAUUCAAAAAGAAGGAAUGAUCAGCCUUGGUGGUAAUAAAUGGGGCUUUGAAAAAUCAGGAUCAGCAAGUAUUGGUGGUAGUCAAGGAGAAAUUACUACGACUGGUCAUGGAGGAGGAUCCAUUAAUAUUGAAGGUCAAGGUGGUUAUGCGCAAGAUCAACAAAGUAUUCACAAUGAAGGUCAUUUGCACCAAAACGGCGGAUAUGAAAUUGGAACACAAGGGAAUUUAAUUCAGAAUUUAGGACAUUAUGAAAAGCAUUCUUCUGAACAAAAUACCCAUCUUGAUAGUUCAAGUAGUCAUUUCGAACAACAUGGAUUUCAACAAUCUGGUUCAGGCCAAUUAACCGGGCAUUCUGGCCAUGUCGAAAAUUCAAAUAUUGGUUUUGAACAUGGAUUUCAACAAUCUGGCUUAGGCCAACUACCCGGGCAUUCUGGCCAUGUACACACUGGCCAUGUCGACAAUUCAAAUGUUGCUUUUGGGCAACAAGGAUUUCAACAAUCUGGUCAUGAUCAGAUAGGUGAUAUUUUUUUGGUAAAUCAGGAUAAAAAAAGCGGAAAUGUACACAUCAGCAGUACUGGACAAUCAAUAAUUGAUGUUCAGCAACAUGGAAUUGAGGAAUCUAAUUUAGGCCAAACAACUGGACAUUCUGCACAUCAGACAGGUGGUAUAAUUUAUGAAUUAAAUACUCAGGGUCAAAAAAGUGAAAAUGUACACACUGGCCAUGUCGACAAUCCAAAUGUUGGUUUUGAACAACAUGGAUUUCAACAAUCUGGUUCAGGCCAACUAACCGGGCAUUCUGGCCAUGUACACACUGGCCAUGUCGACAAUCCAAAUGUUGGUUUUGAACAAUAUGGAUUUCAACAAUCUGGUUCAGGCCAACUAACCGGGUAUUCUGGCCAUGUACACACUGGCCAUGUCGACAAUCCAAAUGGUGGUUUUGGGCAACAAAGAUUUCAACAAUCUGGUUCAGGCCAACUAACCGGGCAUUCUGGCCAUGUACACACUGGCCAUGUCGACAAUCCAAAUGUUGCUUCUGGGCAACAAGGAUUUGAACAAUCUGGUCAUGGUCAGAUAGGUGAUAUUUUUUUGGUAAAUGAGGAUAAAAAAAGCGGAAAUGUACACAUCAGCAGUACUGGGCAAUCAAAAAUUGAUGUUCAGCAACAUGGAAUUGAGGAAUCUAAUUUAGGCCAAACAACUGGACAUUCUGCACAUCAGACAGGUGGAAUUAUUUACGACUUAAAUACUCAGAUUCAAAAAGGUGAAAAUGUACACACUGGCCAUGUCGAUUCAAAUGAUGAUAUUGGACAGCAAGGAAGUUGGGAAUCUAAUUUAGGCCAAAUAGCAGGACAUUCUGUACAUCAGACAGAUGGUAUUAAUUAUGAAUUAAAUACUGAGGGUAAAAAAGGUAAUAAUGUACACAUUGGCCAUGUCGAUUCAAAUGGUCAUUUUGGGCAGCAAGGAAGGGGAGAACCUGAUUAUGUUCACGGAAAAGUUAAAGGUUCUAAACAGGCAGGUGAUAUUAUUGUAGUAAUUAAGGAUCAAAAUGAUGGAAAUGUAGACAAAAGCAAUGAUAGAAAUCAAAAUAAUCAUUUUGGGCAACACGGAAUUGAUUCUAAUUAUGACCACAUAGUAAUUGAUGGUUCUCAACAGGGUGAUAUUAUUGUGGUAAUUAAAGAUAAAAAUAGAGAAAAGGUACACGGCAGCCAUGAUAAAAAUGCAAAUAUUAAGUUUGAGGAAGGAGUUGCACAAUCUGGGUCAAGCCAUGUAAUUGGAAGUUCCGAACAUAAAACUAAUGAUUACAAUCCGAUAAUCACUGAUCAAAGUAGUGGAACUGUACACAACAGUCAAGGAAGUAUUAAAUCUGAUUGGAGUCAAGUAACUGGACAUUCUGAAGAAAUGACAAAUGAUUACGAUUUUAAACUCCAUGGGCAAGAUAGUGAAAAUGUACGCAAUAUUCUAAGUCAGAAUUCAAAAGUCAAUUCUGAGCAUGGUUCUGUAAGAGGUCAAAGUCAAACUCAAAGUCAAUUUGGAGACAAUCAAGUUCAAAGCCAAGUACAAUUCGGUAAAGGAAAAGAUUCUGAAGGAAGUGGGCUCAACAAAAUUUUUGGAUUCCACAAAGCAGGAGAAAUUCUUUUCGGAUUUGAAAAGCCAGUAGGACAUGAUAGUCAUAAUAAAAUUGAACAGAAUUCUAACGGACACAUAAAUAUUAACAGAGAAAGUUCAGAGGAAGGAUCAAUUAACGUAGGAUCAUCUGUGACUGGGAAUAAGAACUCGCUAAUCAUUGCAAAUAAAGAUGACCACACCCCUAACAUCAAAGUCGGUGUUAAUAACCAAAACUCAGCAAAGGAAUCAGUCAGUGAAGAAUCAUCUUUAAGUCUUAGUCAUGGCAGUGAAUAUUCCUCAAUUGUUGGAGUUGGGCAACACGCAAAUGUACACGACUCGACCGGACAAAUAGAAGUCACCAAAGAGAUGUUAAAUGUAGGAAAAACAUCGCACCACAGUGAAUCAUCUGAGAGUAGUACCCAUCUUAAACAGGGUUUAUGGAAUUCGGAUUUCGGAUUUGAUAAAAAAGUGGAGAAACAAUCGAAAGUUGAAAUAAGCCACCAUCAAAAAAGCUCAUCUUUAGCGAACCACUCUCAAUCAUCUGUCCAACACGAUAGUCAUUCUUCUGACAGUUCAUCUUCACACAUCUCUUCUUCCCACCUCAAAUCAUCUCACAGCUCAAGUAAAUUCCAUCAAAGCAUGAGCAGUAGCCACAUCGGCAACCUUGAAAACAGUGGCAACUCUGGAGAAGGUGUAAUUGAUAUAAGAGUUAAACCUUAA